GGAGGGGGCGUAUAAAUAGCGAUGUGUAGAUGUUAGUGUUGGUGUUUCAUUGUUUACAUGGAUAUCCCACCCGCCAGUUUGAGAAGUUGAUCUAUUAACAAGUUCAAGAUGCCUGACGAACCCACCGAAGAGAAGUCCGCACAAGCUGUAGAGGUCAAUGAUUCGAGACUUUACAUUAGCAAUGUCAGUUACCACACGACAGAGUCCGAUCUUUCGGAGUUGGUUAAGAGCUUUAAAGUGUAAAAUAGAUACGUCCAGUCCCCCACAUUUGGUAUGCUCUUAUCAAAGCGGUUCUUGUGUACUAACAAAAGUGCCAACAGCAAUUCCAUCUUAGUUCCUAGUCAUACCGUUAGAGGGUUCCACUCUUACAAACAGAGAUCAUUGGGGAUCGCCUAUAUCGAUUUUGAGAAUGGGGAAGAGGCGUCAAUUGCUAUGGAGUUACUCAAUGGUUUGGAUUUGAACGGACGACCACUUAGGGCGAAGAAGUUCAUCCUGUACAGCCCUGGUAUUAAACGAGUGAAUUCUAAGCCAAAAGGUCGUGAUAAGCGAUCCAAAGCUAAAAGCAUUGUACUCUCUUCGCUUGAUGAAGAAGAUUUGAAUGAGAAGGAAAAAGUUAUAAACACACCGAAUACUGGAGAUGCUAACAACGAGGAUAGAUCUAACGGGUCAAGCUCCAGAAAAAAAUCAAAACCCGUAUCUGACACUACAGUGUACAUUGGCCGACUCUCUUCCAAAAUUACAGAUGGUGAUCUUCGUGAGUACUUUCACGAUUACGUACCAACUGAAGUUUAUAUCUUCAAGACCCGUUCGCCAAAGCAUCAUAGAUCUUUGUUCGGGGCGUCUAACUCAGCUUUGAUCACGUUAAGCGUAGAUCAUUCCGUGACAAAGGCAUUGGAGGAGUUGAAAGAUGUCAAAUUGAAAGGUAAGCGUGUUUAUUUACAGCACGCUUAUAUUUCAAAGAUUGAAGAGGUUAAAAAUGCUGUACGUGCAAAAGCCCUGAGGUGGGAUCUAGAGAACUCUUCACCAACAGAUGAUGGUGCUCAAGAGGCUGCUCAAGAGGCUGCUCAAGAGGUUGCUCAAGAGGUUCCUCAAGAGUGAGAAUCCCUAACCUCUAUGUUUCUUAGUAUUCACAAUGAAAACACCCAAGAAUAGCUAACACUGAAAUGAAUACUUCAACCAGCUCUUUCCUGCAUUUCUUUAUAGCUUUGAA